CGAAUGUUGUCCGCAUCCUGAAAAUCAAGUUUUCGCACUCAAAUUUGUGUAUUUUCCUAAAAGAAAUCGUAUUUACUUCAUCUUUUCAACUUUUUGAAGUGCAAGAGUUGGUAUUAAAUAAUCUGUACAUUUGUUUUGAAAAUGGGCACUCUAUUCGAACACUUGAAAAACCUUUUUGAAUACGAAUUGUACUCGAAUGCCAAAACACUGUCGAACUUAAUAUUGGCCGUUUUUGAAAAUAAUCGAGCUAUAUUGACCCCGCAGCAGCAUUUCUAUACGCUGAUAUAUUACGCUGAAUCUCUUUUCCAUGAGCACCAGUACAGGGAAGCGGAGGGGAUUUUCCGGCAGUCACUACAAGCUAAACGAAUGCUACCAAAGAUUAAAUCUCCCGGUAGUAAGACAACCGAAAACCCACCGGAUAUCUUUUCGGAAGUUGAAAUCAAGUACAAGACUGCUAGGUGUCUAAUUGAGAUAAAGCGCUUCCGAGAUGCAAUCGUUGUACUGCAGUCCCUUUCCAUAAAGCAGCGGACACCGAAGGUCAAUAUGCUAUUGAGUCGAUUGUGUCAUAACCACGGACACGAGAGGAGUGCUAUUGGUACGUAUAAGGAGGUUUUGAAAGAUUGUCCCCUUUCGUUUGAGGCUAUCGAAGGGCUGCUUUCGCUUGGUACUAACGGAAUCGAAGUAAAUACCUUAGUACUCAAUGCGACCCUUGCUCCUCAGUGCAACGAUUGGUUAAGCAACUGGAUCAAAGCCCAUGCUCACAUGCAGGCUAGAAAAUAUUCAGAAGCGAUUCAGACCCUUCGUUCAAUUGAAUCGAAUACUUCUUUGUCCAACUAUCAUCAGCUGUUGGUUUUGAUUGGAGAAUGCUAUUACCACAACGGUGAGUACGAGAAUGCUUACACGUAUCUGAAAAGAGCCCAUAGCUUAUAUCCAUAUAUGAAAAACGGAAUUCAAAUACUGGCAAUUCUGAUGGCAAAGAAAAAGAAGAUUAACGAACUAGAGAAGAUGAUUGCUCCUACUUCUACCUUUCCGAUGGAAUAUUCAUCUGAAAUGUGGUUCGUGAUGGCUCAGUAUCUCUACUCGACGGCAAAGUAUGACAAGGCGGUUUAUUUUGUCCAAAAAGCUUGUUUUCUGAAUCCUAAGAACGCGGAAGCAUUAAUUUUGAAGGCAGAGAUUUUGCUGCAGCUGAAAAAAUACCAGGAAGCGAUAGCCCAUUUACGAUUCGCCCAGCAAUUUGCACCCUAUCGCUAUGAGGUGCACAAGGUCCUGGUGGAUAUCUAUCUUCUGAUGAACCGUCUCCGUGAAGCGCAAGCCCAAGCACUGAAGGCGCUGAAAACCAUAGGGGAAACAUCCAGGCUUUUAGUGUUAUUGGGGCGCACUUACUUAAAGGAUGAUAGCACGAAAGCAAAAGCUAAAACACUGCUUCUUAAAGCACUUGAAAUGAACGAAAAUUAUUUGCCAGCAGUGUACCUAUUGGCCGAUAUGUACCGACAAGAAAAUGACGCCGCCAGUUGCAUAAAGUUAUUGAAAAAACAUGCCUCGUUAACACAGAACUGCAAGUUGCACGCUAUGCUGGGCGAUCUUCUGAGCAACGACAAGGAUCAUUCUGGAGCAUUGGAGCACUAUACCAUCGCUUUGAAUCUCGAUCCAACUAAUCGUUGUGCGAUGGCUGGACUGCUGGCCAUGGGACAAAGUGCUAGCGGAACUGGUGGCGUUGGAAGCUCGUCUUACUUGGAAUCAUCGAUGGCGGAUGAAGGUAGCGACGUUCAGGACAAUCCACUGGAAAUGAUAGAAAUUCCUCAAAGCGCCCAGAACGAUUUGGAGUCAGAAAGCGAUAUCAUGUGGUCAGAUGUGGAGAUAGAGAUUAAUCAGUGAACUGAUUUUUUUUUUUAGCAUUACGAUAGGCCUUGUUUAGUUUUCUUUUUUUUUUUCAAUAUAGGUAUUUUAUCAGCAAAUCUUAUUUUUAUGGUCGCUUGUUUCAAGGAAAAUUAAAUUUCAUCACCAACUCUUUCGGCAGAUAUCAGUCAAGCAUUUGACUAACAGAGCUGAUAGUAAGAUGUAAUCCUCCUUGAAGCAGGUUUACAAAUAGUUAUACGAAAACCUACUAUUUGAUAUGUUCUGUUGACACCACGGAAAAGAAAAUUAAAAACUUUCAAGUGAAAUAACUAUUUCACAAAGAAAAUUUAAUU